AUGAAGACUGUAUUAAAGGCUGGUUCUGAAAAGGAUGUGAGUGUGUUUAUUCCGUCUUCAGAACUUACAAUACAGAAAAUUUGCGACAAGGUACCAAAGGAAUACUUUAAACGAGACACCAUGAGAAGUAUGUCGUACCUUUUUUUUGAUCUGAUUCAGGUCGCCGUUACAUACUACGUGAUGUCCAGCAUUAUGUUACCAGCAGUGUCUAUGCUAACAUCGUUUCUCGAUUCAUCUCUUUCACACUCUGCCUCACUAAUAAUUUCAGCCAUACUGAAAUUACUUAUUUGGAAUGUCUUUUGGUUCAUACAAGGGUUGAAUGGAACUGCAUUGUGGGUUCUCGCGCAUGAAUGCGGGCACCGGGCUUUCAGCCCUCGGCCUAAAUUAAACAAUACAGUUGGAUUCAUAUUACACUCUGCUCUGUUGGUACCGUAUCACAGCUGGCGCAUCUCGCAUGCCCUCCACCACAAACACACAAACCAUCUAACAAAAGACUCUGUGUUUGUUCCAAAUAAAAUGGAUAAAAUUACCAUGCUGACAGAAGAGUGCCCGCUUGUGAUGUGUUUGAAUAUGGUUGGCAUGUUUUUGCUUGGAUGGCCUGCCUACCUGCUUUUUAACAUCACUGGACAAGAUUACGGUCGGCGCACCAACCACUUCGAGCCCUCCUCACGAAUCUUUCGACCAGGCGACGGUUACGAUAUUGUGAUCUCCGACCUGGGAGUUGUGGGUGCUCUUCUCGUCAUUUUGUUGAGCUGCAUCAAGUUUGGUGUGUUCAACGUCCUUUGCUGGUAUGGGAUCCCGUACCUGUGGGUCAACUCCUGGCUUGUUUACAUCACCUAUACACAGCACACUGACAUACGCAUACCACAUUAUACUCACGAGGAAUGGACAUUUGUACGGGGUGCAGUUUCUACGGUUGAUCGUGAUUACGGCUUGGUUCUGAGUAUAUGGCUCCAUCACAUUAAUGACUCUCAUGUUGUUCAUCAUCUCUUCAGUGAAGUACCUUUUUACAAUGCAAUCGAAAUAAGUCGAAAGUAUAUCAAGCCGAUUCUCGGUCACACUUAUGUCGAAGACAAAGCGCCAAUUUUGAAGGCCCUUUUCAAAAUUUGGAGGGAAUGCAAGUAUGUGGUGCCAUCUGAAAAUAUUUGUUGCUUUUACGGAAUCGGCAAAAAGUCUGAUUAG